CCUCUGAAGGUCCCAUUGCCUAACUACACAUUUUUAGGAUACUGACCUAGCAAGAAACUCCUGAAUCUUGCCUUCUUUCUAACAUCUUGACCUGCGGCCAGAGAGGACUGGGCUACUGACAUAAUGUCUUUGAUGGAAGUGACUCGUGCUGACGAGUCCUUCGAUGAACGGAACAACAUGAGGGAAGAUGGUGAUAAGAAGUCAAAGAAUAGGAGACCAGCAAACACGGCUUUCCGUCAGCAACGUUUAAAAGCCUGGCAGCCGAUACUGACUCCUAAAAGUGUACUACCUCUCUUCUUUAUAAUUGGCAUUAUUUUUGCCCCGAUCGGCGGUGUUUUGAUAUGGGCCAGUUCAGAAGUGCAAGAAAUAGUGAUUGACUAUUCGGAAUGUGCCACAAAGGCACCUUUAGAAGCAAGAAGCCCGAUUCCUGACAAGGUCAAAUCGACAUUCAAGUCUUCCAAGCAGACUGGUCUACCAUAUUGGCAACGAAGUAUUGUCAACAGGACUUUGGUACCGAAAAAGCCCACCACUGUUUGCUCGCUUUAUUUUGAAAUCCCAGAUACUAUCAACCCUCCUGUAUUCAUGUAUUAUCGCUUGACGAACUUUUAUCAGAAUCACCGGAGAUACGUGCAAUCUUUGGAUUUGGAUCAACUGGAUGGCAAAGCUGUGGAUAACGCUACUAUGCGAAACAGCAAAUGUGAUCCUCUGAAAUUGGAUCCUGAGUCUGGAAAAGCGUAUUACCCUUGUGGUCUAAUCGCUAAUUCCCAGUUCAACGACACAAUUUACAGUCCUGUGCAUUUGGAUAAUAACGCAACAUAUGAGAUGACGAACAAGGGUAUUGCCUGGGACAGUGACAAACAGCUGAUCAAGAAAACAAGCUACAACCAGUGGCAAGUCCUCCCACCGCCAAACUGGCAUGAUCGUUACCCAGAUGGCUAUACCGAUGAACGGCCCAUUCCUAAUCUCCACGAGGACGAGGAUUUUAUGGUCUGGAUGAGAACAGCUGGAUUACCGGAUUUUAGCAAGCUCUCUAAAAGGAACCAUACUACAGCAAUGAAGGCAGGAACUUAUAGGCUUGAUAUCGAUGAUUAUUUCCCUGUCACCGAAUAUAGUGGUACUAAGUCAAUUCUUAUAUCUACCCGGACUGUUGUUGGCGGCAAGAAUCCUUUUAUGGGGAUUGCCUACGUAAUCGUUGGGGGUAUUUGUAUUGUCCUGGGGACUCUGUUUACAGUUGCACAUCUAGUUAAACCAAGGAAACUUGGCGAUCAUACCUAUUUGACUUGGAAUACUGAGCCACAAAGCACAGCUGUCACAUCUGGAGCAGAUGUUGGACUCAGAUCGCAUGCGCCUUGAACCUCAUUUCUGCUUUUAUCUUGUUUCUUGUUUCUCGCCAGGCGUUUUACAACGGGAGUUGGCUACUUACCAAGGGUUUAACGUAAAUUGAACUUCUUUAAGGCAUUGGUCUGUGACUUAUUUAUUUUUCAGAAUGCAACUGUUGUCG